AUAUUAUGCAGGGAGUUAUGUGUGUCAGGGGUUAGUCUAUAUAAACAAUAACUUCUGUUAUUCAAACAGAAGUGGCAGACAGAGUUUCUUGAUUGAUACGACCAUCACAUUAUGAUGACCAAGCUCAUUUUUCUAGCUGGCUUUUCCCUGGCACUGUGUCACUUUGGAUGGGCCUCCCAACUCGCAUGCUACUUCACAAAUUGGUCUCAGUACAGACCUGACGCUGGAAAGUACCUGCCAGAAAAUGUGGAUCCACAUCUGUGCACCCAUUUAAUUUAUGCUUUUUCCAUAAUUAAUCAGACAAAUGAGUUGAUCACGUACGAAUGGAAUGAUGAAACUCUCUACAAAUCUUUCAAUGGACUAAAGGAAAAAAAUUCCAACCUGAAAACUCUCUUGGCUGUCGGAGGAUGGAAGUUUGGCACAGCUCAGUUUACUAUCAUUGUGUCCACAUCAGCAAACCGGCAGACGUUUAUUCAGUCCUCCAUCACAUUUCUGAGGAAACAUGGCUUUGAUGGUCUGGAUCUGGACUGGGAGUAUCCGGGUUCUCGUGGAAGUCCUCCAGAAGACAAGCAAAGGUUCACUCUGCUCUGUAAGGAGCUCUUGGAAGCUUAUAAGGCAGAGGGUGCUGCCACUGGACGCCCCAGACUCAUGCUUUCUGCGGCAGUGGCUGCUGGGAAAGGAACCAUUGAUGCUGGUUAUGAAAUUGCAGAAAUCGCCAAGUAUUUGGACUUCAUUAAUGUGAUGACCUAUGACUUCCAUGGCUCAUGGGAAACUGUCACUGGGCACAACAGUCCUCUGUACCGUGGCUCUGGGGAAACAGGAGACAACAUCUACUUCAAUACUGAUUUUGCAAUGAGAUACUGGAGAGAUCAGGGUGCCCCUGUGGAGAAGCUGAGGAUGGGGUUUGCAACAUAUGGAAGAACAUUUCACUUGGCGUCUGCAGCCAGUGGAGUUGGAGCUCCAGCUAGUGGUCCUGGAUCAGCUGGAAAGUACACCAGAGAGUCAGGAUUCUGGUCCUAUUAUGAGGUCUGUCCUUUCCUUCAAGGAACCACUGUGCAGUGGAUUAAUGAUCAGAAAGUUCCUUAUGCAACCAAGGGUCAGGACUGGGUGGGAUUUGACUCCAAAAAAAGUUUUGAGACUAAAGUGAACUAUCUAAAUGAGAAAAAGUUUGGAGGAGCUUUCGUCUGGACUCUGGAUCUUGAUGACUUUACAGGACAGUUCUGUGGGCAGGGCAAAUACCCUCUCAUUGGACAGCUCCGUACACUUCUUAAUAAUGAUAUUCAACCGGUCUCUCAAAAUACAGCACAAGAGCCUGGUAAGACCUCAGUAAUAGCAUCUAUUGCCAUAUUUCAAUCCACAAGCCCUCCUGUUGUCCCGACAGCUCUGUCAGAGUUCUGUGUAGGCAAACCAGACAGGUUAUAUGUAAACGCAGAUGACCGGACGACCUUCAUUCAGUGUUCUUAUGGCAGGACCUUUGUUCAGAAAUGCCCUUCAAACCUAGUCUACAAUCCCAAAUGCACGUGCUGUGACUGGCCUUGGAAUUAACCUUGUGUUGUCACUGUUCCACCCCUGCAAAGAAGUCAUGUGGAAUUUUGGGUAUUUUUUUUAUAACUAUUUGCAGCCAGUAGUGGCUUCAUACUUUACCUUUAAGUACUGUGAUCAUGUCUUCCAGUUUAACAGACAGUCGAUGAUAUAAUACUCCUUUCUUAAAAUAAUAAUAUGGUACAUUUUGUUGUGUCUUAAAAGGGAGCUCAGCCUGUCUAAUAUGUCUGAAUAAAACUAACCUGAUUAAGCAUCAA